AUGCCAAAGCUUACUGCUACUGAGCGCAAACAUGCGCCCCUCGCAGACGAUAUCCUUUCAGCCGGCCAUCUGCGCACAAAAUCAGCGAAGCGAAAAUCCCGCUCAUACGAAGACGAUGGCGACCGUUAUCUCGACUCCAAGACUUCUAAGAAGAUCCUACAAAUAGGCCAGGAUCUAGCAAAUGAGGAUGCGGAAGAAUCUCGUGUUACGCUAGCCGCUGCAGGAAUAACAAGAAACACGGCUUUUGAUUUCGAAUCCCGGUUUGCUGCUGAGGCUGAUGCGGGGGACGGCGACGAGGACGCUGAUCAAAAUGGGGAGGAGUGGGGCGAUGAUGAAGAGGAGAUUGAUGAAGUGGAAGUUGACCCUGGUGACCUCGAUACAUUCCAUAAAUUCGUUCCGCGCGGUGAAGAAGAUCCCAUAUUCAAUCCGCGCAAUCCGGAUGAUGAAGGGCAAGGACACAGCACCAACUUGGCAGAUUUAAUCCUUGAGAAGAUCGCAGCAUACGAGGCCGGAAAUGGUGGUGGUGGUGGUGGUGGUGGUGGUGGUGGUGGUGGCCAGCCUCAAGUUGGAGGAGGCUCGAUGGAGGAUGCCGUUGAACUCCCCGCAAAAGCAGUAGAGGUUUAUCAAAGGGUCGGUUUCCUCCUCUCCCGCUACAAAUCCGGGCCCCUCCCCAAACCUUUCAAAAUCCUCCCAACACUCUCGCAAUGGCAAACCCUCCUCGAAAUCACCCAGCCAGAGAAAUGGACACCAAACACCAUCUACGCCGCCACGCGCAUCUUCAUCUCCGCCAAACCCCACAUUGCCCAAGAAUUCAUCAACACGGUCCUCCUCGACCGCGUCCGCGACGACAUCCACGAAACCAAAAAACUCCACGUACACAUCUACAACGCGCUGAAAAAGGCCCUCUACAAACCCGCCUGCUUCUUCAAAGGCUUCCUGUUUCCCCUCGUGCAGUCGGGCACCUGCACACUGCGCGAGGCCCACAUCGUCUCGAGCGUUAUUGCCCGCGUCUCGAUUCCCGUGCUACACUCCGCAGCGGCCCUGCUGCGACUGUGCGACCUGGCAGCGGAGAAGACUGCGUCCGCCCUCUCCUCCGAGGGCACGGGGGCGCUGAAUAUGUUCAUCCGCGUGUUUCUGGAGAAGAAAUACGCCCUCCCGUACAAAGUCGUCGAUGCGCUGGUGUUUCAUUUCCUCCGGUUUCGAGCCUCGGAGCAAUUGCCGCCGUCACAGGGGGCCGGCAGCGCUGAUACGGACAUGGCCGAUGCGGCACAGGGGGCCGCGGCGAACAGUUAUAAACUACCUGUCCUAUGGCACAAGUCGUUGCUUGUGUUUGCGCAGCGGUAUCGGAAUGAUAUUACGGAGGAUCAGCGAGAAGCACUUCUAGAUCUGUUAUUGCGGAAAAGAUUUCAUGAUUCUUGA